GCGUCUGCGAGUCGAGUUCUUAGUUCCGAGUUCUUUUCUGGCUUAUCCCGAGACACCUAUGAGUCUGGGGCUUCACGCUCGCCGUCUUUAAGUGGACAGCGCGCAUGCGUCAACUUCCUCUUUCCCGGCUGGAACCAUGGAGGGUGCAGAAGAGAAGAAAAAGAAGGUUCCUGCUGUGCCAGAAACCCUUAAGAAAAAGCGAAAGAAUUUCGCAGAGCUUAAGAUCAAGCGCCUGAGAAAGAAGUUUGCCCAAAAGAUGCUUCGAAAGGCAAGGAGGAAGCUUAUUUAUGAAAAAGCUAAGCAUUACCACAAGGAAUACAGGCAGAUGUACAGAACCGAAAUUCGAAUGGCUCGUAUGGCACGGAAAGCUGGCAACUUCUAUGUACCCGCGGAACCCAAAUUGGCAUUUGUCAUCAGGAUCAGAGGUAUCAACGGUGUGAGCCCAAAGGUUCGAAAGGUGCUGCAGCUCCUUCGCCUCCGGCAGAUCUUCAAUGGCACCUUUGUGAAGCUCAACAAGGCAUCAAUUAACAUGCUGAGAAUUGUGGAGCCAUACAUUGCAUGGGGGUACCCAAAUCUGAAGUCUGUAAAUGAAUUGAUCUACAAGCGUGGUUAUGGCAAAAUCAACAAAAAGCGAAUUGCCCUGACAGACAACGCAUUGAUUGCUCGAUCUCUUGGGAAAUACGGAAUCAUCUGCAUGGAGGAUCUGAUUCAUGAGAUCUAUACCGUUGGAAAACGUUUCAAAGAAGCAAACAACUUCCUGUGGCCCUUUAAAUUGUCUUCUCCACGAGGUGGAAUGAAGAAAAAGACCACCCAUUUUGUAGAAGGUGGAGAUGCUGGCAACAGGGAAGACCAGAUCAACAGGCUUAUUAGAAGGAUGAACUAAGGUAUCUACCAGGAUUAUUUUUGUAAUCUGGUCCGUUAAUAAACAAUUGAAACAAAUUGAAAUGGAUUGUCUUGGUUGACUUUGAUCUUUACUUUGCAAAUCUUGGUGCGACAAGAUUAAGUAAAAUCAACAGCCUGGCCUCUUGGAUGCAAAACUUAGGGUCCAGCCUGUGUCUUGUGAAAACAUUCCUUGGGUUUAUUGAAGAUUUUCCUGUACAAAAAAAAAAUCCUGAUUUUUCAGUUGGCCAAACUGGGUCUAAUCUAAGAAAGCCUAUUUCACAGGCCUUUGUGCAUGAUGAAAAGUUCAGUUUACAGAUUAAAAUGUUGCAGAAAUUCCAUUUUCUCAGGCUUUGGCUUGCUUAUAAAAUAGUAAUCUUGAUGUCAGUUUUCUUUUUGCAUUUCAUUCUUAUUUUUGCUUUGCAUCUUCUACCCAUACUUCAGUGAAUUUUUAAUAUUUCUACUAUGUAUUGUGUGUGACAAGAAGAAAGGAAAUUUGUGCCUGUGAAUGUAAUUUAUAAGUAACACUCUGCAUAACAUGGAAUACAUAUAAGUAAAAAGUUUAUUAUCAUUACUGAUUGAGCCAAGGAUAUGAUGCAGUAUGAAAUAGAUGGCACUAGAAUUUUGAUGAUAUUGUACCAGAAUCAUAACUUUUUAGUAUUUGAAAGUUGUUAAGUAUAUUUAAAUACAGUCUUGUGUCUUGAAA